GUGAGGGCGCGCGCAGCUCCCCCCCCUCCCGCGCGCCGCGUGCAGUGCCGUGCGCGCGCGCGCGCUGCGUGGCCGGCUGGCGGGCGGCGCGGCGCGAGGCGAGCGGCCGGCUGGCUCUGCUUUCCAGCCUCCCCCGCACCUGCUCCUCCGGCGCGAUGUGCGAGCCCAGCAAGCAGGACAUCGCCGCCAUCUUCAAGCGGCUCCGCUCCGUCCCCACCAACAAGGUAUGUUUUGACUGUGGAGCGAAAAACCCUAGCUGGGCAAGCAUAACAUACGGCGUUUUCCUCUGCAUUGAUUGUUCAGGGACCCAUCGAUCACUUGGUGUUCAUUUGAGUUUUAUUCGAUCUACAGAACUGGAUUCCAAUUGGUCUUGGUUUCAACUGAGAUGCAUGCAAGUUGGAGGAAAUGCAAAUGCUUCUGCUUUUUUCCAUCAAUAUGGAUGCACAACAAAUGACAGCAAUGCAAAGUAUAACAGUCGUGGUGCUCAACUUUACAAGGAAAAGAUUAAAUCUCUUGCAACACAAGCAACAAGAAAGCAUGGUACUGAUCUGUGGACAGAUGGAUGUGGAAUGCCACCUGUGUCACCUCAACACAAAGAGGAAGACUUUUUCGCAUCUCAUGUUUCUCCCAAGGUGAAGGACACAGAAUGGGGAUCGUCAGAGCCAAUUUCUCUGAAGCAGAAAACUUCAGAAAAUAUUCCAGAAUGCCAUGAAGGUGGACCAGAGCAUGGACCAAGUGUCGAUUGCCUUAGUGCAUCACCAAAAGCUGCAUUAGCUGACUCAAUGAAUUUAAGUGCUGCAGUCAUCACACCUAAUAAAGAGAACACCUCCUUCAUAAAAAAGAAGCCAAAUCAAGUUAAAAAGGGGCUCGGUGCCAAAAAAGGUGGUUUGGGGGCACAAAAAGUGAGCAACCAAAGCUUUAAUGAGAUUGAAAAACGAGCGCAAGCUGUAGAUAAAAUGAAGGAGCAUGAUGAUCUUCACAUCAGUAAGAGAACUGAGAAGGAAGAGCCACUUGUAUCAUCUUUACGAUUGGCCUACAGAGAUCUUGAUAUUAAAACAAAAGAAGAAAAGUUAAAUCUAUCUGAUAAGAAGAAAAAUGAAUUAGAGAGACUUGGCAUUGGAUUUGGCAGCAGCAGAAGCGGCAUUUCCCAUUCAGUCGUCUCAGAUAUGCAAACAAUAGAACAGGAAACACCUACAAUUGCAAAACCGAAGAAAAAGUACUCUGAUGAUGUAGAAGACUCAUAUUUUUCUUCUUCUAGUUCAAGGUACUAUGAUUCUUCAGAUUUGAGGAGCAGCAGUUUCUCUAAAUGGGAUGACAAUCCAGAUUCUUUCUGGAAGAAAGAGAGUAAUAAUAGAGAUGUUGAUAUAAUGUUAACUUCAAAAACUUCAGGAUAUUCAGACAGGCCUGCAUCUCGUCGUAAGCCUGAAUAUGAGCCAUCUUUAAGCACAGAUGAGGCACAAAAAAAAUUUGGCAAUGUAAAAGCAAUUUCAUCAGACAUGUAUUUCGGAAGGCAAGAUCAUGCUGAUUAUGAAGCUAGGGCUCGACUAGAGAGACUUUCUGGAAGCUCCUCUAUAAGUUCAGCUGACUUGUUUGAAGAUCAGAAAAAACAGCCAACAGGACAUCUGCUUCGAACUUGCCAAAUUAUUAAGAAAAUUGAAUUUUUGGUCAGUCUGUGUUUAAAAGAUCUGUUUAAACACCUUACGUUGGUAGCUAUACUUACGAAAAUAGAAUGGAAGAAGGAUUCUUAGAAAGAGAAGAUUGGAUUUGCUGAAACGUAGCCCCUUAGGCUGCUGAAAACCUCAUCUGUUGUCUGCCUAACAACCAUUUUGGGUAGUACAAUAGUGUGAAACUGAAAAAGAAAGAAAUACUGGAACAUUUUAUUGGGUUUCAUGCUGUAACUGGUGAAGAAAUGGAAAAAAAAAUUAAAAUUUCUUGAAGAACGCAAAAUCUGUGAGUAAUUAGAUAAAUCGGCUGGAAAAGCAAACAGUACACAGCAUAUGAUUUACUCUGGAAAAGUUGGAGAAAGAAAAAACAUACAGUUGUUCAGUUUCUAUCCCCUGAAUGUAAAUUUUAAUGCAAGUAUUCUGGCUAGUAGAGAAAUAAUUUUUGUUACCAGUUACCUAGGUUGUUGUUUUAGUCAAUCAAACUGUAAAAAAAUUGAAGGGAAAGGUGGGGAUGAGGCAUAAAAAAUGAAUUGCUAUAACUGACUUUAUAGCCAGUUGAAAGAAUAUUUGCAACAUGAUGUCAUACUUAAAAAAAGAUGUGGGGAGGUAUAAGGAAAGAAAUAGUGUUUCUUUGUAACCUCUGAGGUUUUCAGUGGUCUGUGGCAUUAUGAUAACACAUAUUAUAGUGUAGUAUUUUUUUCCUUUUUUAUUUUUUUUGCAUAUACAUGAUUUUAUACAGAAUUAACUAUACUUUUCCUUCAAUUUGCAUAAUGUGUGGGUUUACACACUAAUGAGUAAGAGAAUGAAUUAGGAACAGGUAAAUAUAAAUUCAAGAUUGGGCAUAUCGUAUUCUCUGAAAGUGUUUUAGAUUUUGUUCAACUGAUUAAAAACUCAGCUAGAACUUCAACUAUGUGGUGUCAUUUCAAACUAGGCCGUGUCCAUCCAUACUCAGAAUACGAUGUGUGAGGAUUCCGUAGCGCGCGUGCGUGUGUGUUAUAUUCAUAUAUAAAAAUACAGAUGUGCUUUUUUUUAUGUACGCAUGCAUGUAUACAUGUAUGUGUUGGAAUUCUCACCGUAUCCUGAAUAAGGGUAAUUGCAGGUAGUUAGGUAGUUUUUACAUAUGUGUAUGUGAAUUUUGCACAUGCAAUCAUUCAUUAUUGACCACUUGGAAAAGUUCUUAGGCAUGUGGAAUACAAAAAUUCCUAAUAAUGGAGUGAAAAAGUCUUCCUAAAUUUCUAGGUUAGUUAGUUACUGUGACUGGCAAUCCUGUUAUGUAAUUCCACAGUAAAUUUAAAGUUAUAUUACAAAGACUAAACUGAUUAUACUAAAUUUUCUGGGUUAUAUUGCGCAAAUAAUAGUGAGGAAAAAUACACUAGGAAUUAUUUUUUUUUAAAUUCACACUGUAUUUAAUCAAUAGAAUAUUCCUUUCCUGCUCCCUGCAUGCCCCCCCCCAAGAAGUCUAUUUUUUGACAAUGACCCUGCUUUGACAAAUUUUGUUGUACUUUAUAGCUUGUCAUGUAAAAUUAAUAUCAAGGCCAUCAUCAAUUCCAUAAAAUAAGAAUUAAAAAAAAAAUCAGGAGACUGGAAGCUGGAAGCAACAAAAAUACUUCUGUAGUUAUGGGGUCUUUGCCAGAAUAAGAUGUCCUUUGAAACUGAAGUUGUUUUCAUUAGUGCUGUUGAGAGUUUAGGGUAAAACACUUUUAGGAAGCUUGCCUUUAUGCAGAAUGCUGUAGGAUCUUUUUGCCAAAAAGAGGAUCCGUGGAGGGCUAUAAGGAAAACCUUUUACUCAGCAUGAUUUCAGACCUGUUGCUAAUGAAAAGAGGGAGAUGUCAGAUGGCUAACUCAUAGAUGCUAAUUUUGAAGGAAAUUACAAAGGAAAGAAUUGUUUUGCCAUCUCAUUUACAAGAUUUUUUCCAGACAAGCAUAUGUAACUAGAAAAAUAUGAGAAAAUUAAUUUGGUUGUGGAGUGAUUAGAGCCUUGCUCAGAUUAUUUAUAGCUAGGAUUUUUAUUUCUGUUAUUCUGGCUUUAAUAAAAAAAUGCGGAAGAACUUGUUAAAUGGAACAGAUGCUAAGAAAGUCAAAAUUACAAUUCAGAAAUAGGGAUGUCUCUCAGUGAUGGUGAAUUUUUGACAGUGAAUCAAUAUAGUAAUGCUCAUUUUGCUAAGUAAUAUGUAGACAAGUGUGCCCAUGCAUUAUAGGAACAGCUGCUAGCAGGCUUUAAAGAGUAGAGUUGCAAGCUUACCAAAUAUGACCAUGCAUCUUUCCCUGUGAACCAGACAUUUGGCUUAAAUAAAUGAGCUUAGGUGCAGUGAUGUUUGUCUCAGCCUGUUAACAAAGUCACCUUUAAUUUUCCACAAAAAAAGGAGCUGCAGGUUACAUGUCCCAUGCAGCGGGAGGGAAGGAGAACAAAACAAAAAGGAGGGGACAGAAGUCAGCUGUACGUUUGGAGGGUCGUGCUGGGCUAUCUAGUAUAUAGAAAUGUUUUGCAGGGGGCAGCUGUAAAAAGGCAUUACCGUUCUGAAGACUGCGGUGUCUGCAGUUGAGUGGGCUCGAGUGCAGUUUGGCAAGUGUACACAGUUCUCAGCUGUGUACGUGACUGGUCAUGACCAUCAGCUGGGUAUGUGAUUGAACUAGGGCUGCAGUUUGCAAUCUCCAUUUUGCAAAAAAAAAAGUAAUAUAUAGGAAUGGCUAGCUCUUAGUCUGUUCUUGGUAUGCUGCCUCGCAGGAACCCCCCUUAUACCCAAGAUCAUAGUUCUGUAAUGCUCUUUUCCUGCCAUUUGUGUCUUUGGCUGUGUUUACAGUAUUGGGUACUUAGCUUAGAAUAUUUGCAAAUACUUCGCAGUAUUAAGGCAUGCCAAGAAUUCUUUUUUGCUAAUGAGUGGGUGAUUGUAAGCUAGUUGUGUUAGCAUGUUAAUAUAUUUAUCAUACCGCUAAUUUUGAAAUAUCUUUGGCUUCUCUUAUCUUUAGGUCUGUACUUCUUAUGAUGAGUAGAGCCAACAAUUACUGAUAAAACUUGUUUGUGUAGGCUUUGAGGAAGGGUGGAAUGCCAGCUUUGUUUAGGAAUUUGAAAAUUUAGCAUGUAAAUGACCUUAGCUAUAAUUCCCAUAGAAUUUUCCAAAUAUCUGGUAUAGUAAUGCAAAAUAUGUGUGUAUAUACAGCAAGUAUACCUAUGCAUGUGCACAAAGAGGAUUCACUUUAGCCACUACUGAAGGGCAUUCAUCUUUAAAAUGAAACAUGGUAAUUCUUUAAUAACAAUUAUAAUGGCUGUACAAGUGUUCAGAGUACAAGACAAAUAGCAUGGCAGCUGAUUGAAAUUGCAGAAUAAAUCAUGUAUUGUCCAAACACUAAUUGCUUCUCUGGGAAUUCAAAGUGUAGAAGAUGAUAGGCUAGGUGCAAAUAUGAACAAAUGAAAAAUUUAAAAUAAAAGCAAGGUGCAUUUAAGAAAUUUGAAGUUUUAGGCCUGGUGGGUGAUGAUCUACUGAUGGUCAGACAUUCAUAUUUAGUGUUUCUCAUAAUAUAUAAUAAUUCAGGGAGAAAAAAGGCUGCUUUUAAUACCAAGUUCUGUUUUCUUCCUGUGUGCGUUUGUGUUCCCCCUUUAGGAAGCUACAAUAUUACAAAUGUCUUGCCUUCAGCUCCUGAUAUGGCUCAGUUUAAACAAGGAGUAAAAUCAGU